AUGAGUGCACGUGUAAACGCACAAAAAUUCGGUAGUGGUGGUGGCGGAGGUUCAAUUCACGAUAUACGCUCUCUAUCAAAUGAUUUCCGUUUUUAUCGUAGUGUAUUCGACCGUUAUGCCGAUUCAAAACAAUUUAAGAUAAUAAAUAGGGAAAACUUUCAUAAAGGAUAUGAUGUACCAAGAGCCACAACUGAUGACUUUUGGUCUAAGUACGAAGAUGAUAUGACGUUUACAAAUUUUCAACGGCUCAUUGACGAACAAAAAGGAAUUGAUGAAAAGUCAUUGAUUGACGCAUUUGAAGUUUUAUGUGGCAUUGAGAAAAAGCCCCGUAGUUCCACUAUGGGAUCGUCGAUUGAUUUCAACAAAUUUCAAACUGAUUUACUACAAAAAGGUGAUCGACUUAACCAAAACGAGUUUGAGAAAAUACGAUUUUUACUUGGAACUGAAGGUGGACAAGUCGAUUAUCGCAAAUUAGCUAAAUCAAUUGGAGAACAAAAAAAUAUUUGUCGACAAACUAUAUUAACGGAGGAAAAACAAAAAAAGAGCGAAAAACCACGGUCGAGACCGUCAUCACCAACACGUUCAAGACCGUCGUCACCAACACGUUCGAGACCGUCAUCACCAACACGUUCAAGACCGUCAUCACCAACACGUUCGAGACGAUCAUCACCAACACGUUCGAGAACAUCAUCACCAACACGUUCGAGAACAUCAUCACCAACACGCAAUAAUGUUUUGAUUACGCUACCAUCAUCAACCAAUAAAUUGUCAAUACCGAAAUCAUUUCUUCAUGUGGAAAAUUUAAAUCGAGGCGUGUAUGAAAUUGUUCCAGUGACAUUUGGUGGAGUUUUAAAAUCAAGAUCAAAAGAAAUAAAUGAACGAAAUCCAAUCAAAACUCUAAAAGAACCAUCAUCAAAAACUUCUUCCAAACAUCGUUUUGUGAUGUCCAAAUCUUAUCGUGAUGUGUUAGAAGCAGUAUUUGACAUGUUCGACCUUGAUGGUAACAAACAACUUGAUCGACAAGAAUAUAAUUUAUUUACAAUACGAACAGCUGGCGAAGAGAUUGAUGAUGAUGACUGGAGAUCGUUAAAAGAAACUCUGAAUCUUGAUAUUGAACAAAAUAUAUCUAAAGAAAAAUUUCUUAAAUUAAACGAAAUGGAAGUUGAUGACUCAGACACAAGUGAGUCUGAGUUGUGGAAGGGUGUAAAAUCACUUGGAUUUGAUUAUAGUCUCAAUGCUGAUCAGAUGUGUCCAUACAAUAUUAGUGUCUAUACCAAAAAUAAUCCUGACCUUCGUAUAAAACCAACAGCAUUCUUUGAACUCGAGCAACUCAAAGGAACUUUAAUUAAAUUCUAUCAAAAGAAAAAUGUAAAACCAAUUAAGAUGAAUAAUCCAGACGUUUCUUGUUCGGAAUAUCAUGACUCGUAUGGUUCAAUGUUGUUUGCAGAAAAUAAGAUUGUUGAUAAUUAUUUAUAG